AUGGCUAGCCACUUCACACCUAUUCCAGAGGCUUUAGAAGCCUUCAAGCAGAACAAGUUCUUGAUGGUUUUGGAUGACGAAGGCCGGGAAAACGAAGCAGAUCUUAUUUGUGCGGCCGAAAACAUUACACAGGAGCAAAUGGCGUUUUUGGUGCGGUACUCUUCCGGGUACGUGUGUGCUCCUGUGAGCAACAGCGUAGCAGACAGAAUCGACUUGCCUCUGAUGCGUGAGAUGAACGUUAAAUCGUCGAGAGACGACCGUCACGGCACUGCAUACACCAUAACAUGCGAUUUCGCAGACGGAACUACUACAGGAAUUUCCGCUCACGAUCGAGCACUGACCUGUCGCAAGCUGGCAGACGCUGCGACAAAACCAUCCGACUUUCUAAAACCGGGACAUAUCGUGCCUCUGAGAGCCGUCGACGGCGGUGUGCUGCAGAGGGACGGCCACACCGAGGCAGCAGUCGAUCUGUGUAAGCUCUCGGGUAAAGCCCCUGUGGGCGUUAUUUGCGAGUUGGUACGGGACGAGGACGGAUUGAUGAUGAGACUAGACGACUGCAUCAAAAUGAAGCAGCAAUUUGGCAUCGACAUUAUUACCAUUGAGCAACUCAAGGACUAUUUGUUGCAGAACCAGCAGUCGCAGUAA